AUGAGUCUAGGCUACUCGUCACCUUCGCCUCAGCAAUUCUCCCCUCAAUUCUCCCAGCCACCUGCGAAGAGGUUACGACUCUCACCUGAAGCUCAAUCUCCUUUUCCCACUCAGAACCAAGUCGGCACUCCAACUGGCCAGCCCUCUACGCCUAGCGGAGGUGCUUCGGUCAAUGGCGCUGCACCUCCUGUGCCCCGACCUGGGUUGAUGGCCCCUCCGCAGAGACCACCCGAUAAAACGGCGGAUAACAACUACGAGGAUAUUCUUUCAGGAACAGGAAUCAACAUCGAAGAGGAAGCACGUAUGCUUGUGCGACCUGAUUACUAUAAUAAUCCUACUCCUCAAACACCCCUUCAGUCUCGUCCUGGUGGGCUGGAUAGUCGCCAGAAUUCAUUCACUGAAGCAAGCCCGGGUGGAGAUGUUUUAGGAGGAUCUCAGCAGUUGGGCGAUGGACCACCACAAACCCAAGGUUAUCAGCCAACGGCAGAGGAGGUUCAACAACGGGAGGAAGGCCGUCAGGAUUGGGAGGCGGCUCGGCAUAGCCAGCACCCAUUGUGGGAUAUGUUUCUUCAAGGAGGAGCUUUGAAUGAAAGGAUCAGGAAUAUAAGCAUAUCCGAGCAUUUGGUCGAUCCUCAAUCUGGCGUACUGGUCAACACUCAGAAAGUCGGCCCGCCACCAACGGUACGGGUGAAUGGUUUAGAAGGGGCGUCACGGGUAAUUGACAAGGGACAAGCCAUUCUCGAUACAGGGCAGAAGGGUGAGCGGUUGUCGGAGAUCAUGAAGGUCAUCAGCCUCGCGGCCAAAGCUCGGCUAAGUGGGCUGGUCAGCGCUUCAUCACGUAUGUCACUCGAAAGACUGGAGCAUUCCAAAGGGAGGAUACCGGAAGACUGGAAAGACAUCGCUGUUGCAGCUCGGCCGAUGAUUGAUCUACCGGAAAGUGCUCUGAGCCCAACUGGUAGCACCGGUUUGAAACGGACAUUCUCACAGUCACAGGCCAACAGUGAGCCUUCUGGCCCCGGUGAUCAGAUCCCUAGCGUACCACGUGUCACAGACGCUUUGGAGAAGUCGUCUACAUCGGAGCGAAAGGCCGAGGACGCCCGACGAUUGAGACGGCUAAAACGACGUACGGCAACCAACGCUGAUGGCACAGCUGGGUCCAGUGUAGAAGCGGCCGAGGAAGCUGCGUUGGCGGCUGCUCUGGAAUCGGAGAAGAAGACGACUAAGAAAGAGCGAAAGCUGGCGGAAUCGAAAUUCUCUGAGCAGCAACAGCAUAAGUCAGCAAACGAAGCAGCACGUAUGGCUGUUUCGGGACUUCUAGGUCGAGGCAAGAAGCAGAGGACUUAUGACUGGAUGAAUGCGAGCAAAGGGGCGGGAGCUAGCCCGGCCGCAACACCAGGAAGACCUCUCGUAUCAGGAGCCUCGUCAGCAGUCGGCACACCAGCACCAGAACGAGCACGACCCGCGGUGAAAGAAAAGCAAUUUGGACAGUGGGACGAAGGCAAAGAGAGCAAGAUUCAAGCGCGGGAUGUGUUCCUUGUGCUUGAGAGUGACGGACGAGCAUCUAGGUCAUAUUUGCGAGGACUGAGCUUGCCAGAAAAUUGA